GAUCGCACAAAAAAAUAUCAGCCCACGUUGAAUAACGGUCGUUAUAGUCACCGAAAUAACUGGAGCACGCCGCACUCCACCAAUGUCAAGUUUACCACGUGUUUUCCCUUCCUGGAUACCAAGUAAACCAAGCAUUGUUCCAGUAUCGAUCCAACACCCGCCCAAGUCGGAAGUUCUAGAAUUUGAUUCACUUGCAAGCUAUUUUCUUUUGAAUUAAAUUAACUUCGUAAUGGACGGUUACGAAAACACCAGCGAAGAUCCCCUCAUCCGGAAGCGCUUCUCCGACAACAUUUUGGACAUUCUGCGCCCACUGUCGGAGUCGGAAAUGCCCAAACUCGGGUGCGGCGGCAGCCAGGACGAGCACGGGUCCGAGUACAGCGCCCUGUCGGAACCGUUUUCCGACCUGGACGAAUCUUACAUUUUGCUGGACCAGAGGACGAAGAAACCAGGUGACGAUGAAGGAGACGAGAUUCUGCUGAACCAAUUCACGCCGGAGUUUCGCAAGGUUUACGACGAAAUGAUGGCCGAGAGGAGGGACGGGCAGGAGGAAGAGGAGCCUCCUUUUAUCGUAGACGAGGGUGAGCGAGAUUCUACUGAGGACGAGCUAAUGCUGAUGCACGACCCCGGGCAGUUUAGCCCAAAGUUUCGUGAAUUUAUUGAUGAUUUGCUGAAGCAGUGUGAUUUGACGUACCACGUGGAAGAGAAGAAGCGGAAGGAAGCCCAAAAGAAGAAGGAGCGUCGUCCCCGGCGAGCUGCCUCGGAGGAAUCUUUCGCCGGUCCGGACAACGAUUCACUCUCUGGUGUGUGGCGCAUGUUGGACGCCGUUUCGGUGGAGAAUGGUUUUCCGAUGUCCAACAAUUACUACAAUCUGUACGACGAUCGGCGCUUCGAUUGGCUGACCCGGGAUGAAGUUCCGUGGAACCAGAUUGAGGAAUCGAAAAACAAGUGCGAGAAUUGGCUUAAAUCAGCCCAUGCGCGUAAGCAAAGCAAGCCAUGAAACGAUUCGUGGAAUAUUUCGAAAGAGCACUUUUAUUCAAGAUUGCAUACAAGUAAUAAAGUUGAAUGGGAUGAA